CACUCCUCACAUCAUAACUUCAUUCAUCUUCUAUCUUCAAUCUUCUCACUUCCAAGUUCCUCAAUCAAAAUGCGUGUCUCACGAGUUGCUCUCCUUGUUGCUGCUUCCGCAGUCGCUGUCUCUGCAGUCCCAAUCGCUGCCCCGGCACCCAACGCGGCUCCAGCUGAUUACGGAGACUACGGUGAUUAUGGAAAUUAUGGCGAAUACACAGAUUACCCGCCACCGCCUCCAGCUCCUACCUCUUAUGGAGCAUAUGGCAGCUAUGGCAGCUACAAAGAGAAGCGCGAGGCGGCCCCCGCCCCCGCCCCUAUCGCUGCUCCCGAGCCAGCUGCCAAGCCUCAGGAUGCUCCUGGGUAUGGUGACUAUGGUGACUAUGGCUCGUAUGGAACAUAUAAUAAUUAUCCUCCCCCGCCUCCAGCCCCUACUUCGUAUGGAUCGUAUGGCGACUACGGGAGCUAUAAGGCAAAGCGUGAAGCGGCCCCAGUCCCUGUCGCUGCUCCAGCUCCUAAAGCCGAAGCGGCUCCCCAAGACGAUCCUGCUUCAUACGGAAACUACGGAGACUAUGGAAACUAUGGAACUUAUGAGAACUACAAGCGGGAGGUUGAGUCCAAGGAUUGAGCUAGUUCCUUUGAAGAAACGAGUGGGUGGCAGUAACGAGGUUGGGAGGAUGAGUUAUGUAAUUAAUGUAAAAGGUUUGGAGUGGAGUGUUUGUGAAGGAUAGACAGUCUUUAUGGAAAGUACACAUUCUUUUAAUUGCAGUGACGAGUUCGCGCUGCGGUGCCUGGAAAAUAUAAUCUCUUCAGUAUCGAGUGUUGCUGAUGAAAUGCGGCGGGGUGCAAAGUCUCGGAAGUUGAGUCAACUGCUAGGACGAG